AUGCGAUUGCAGUUGGACGACCAGUCCCUCCUUCAUGAGAGCUCACUGCUCAAUGGCGAAUGGGUUCCUUCGCGAUCGCGCGAGACCUUUGAUGUGGAAGAUCCCGGGAGUGGCGAAAUCUUUGCCUCAUGUCCAGUUAACAAGGUCCAAGAUGUGAAUGAGUUCGUCACGAAUUCCCAGGCGGCGUUCCUCACGUAUCGCCAUGUCAACCCCCGCCAGCGAGCUAGAAUGCUCCUCGAGUGGCAUAGGCUCAUCGCGAAUUCGCGGGAGGAUAUUGCCAAGCUGGUUACCUACGAGACGGGCAAGCCACUCACCGAGGCCCGUGGGGAGAUUGACUAUGCCCUAGGCUUUGCUUGGUGGUUUGCCGGAGAAGCAGAACGCAUUCGCGGCUCUGUAGCCAUCCCAUCCGUCUCUGAGCGUCGGACCUUUGUGAUCAAACAGCCAAUCGGCGUGGCUGUUGCUCUGGUUCCAUGGAACUUCCCAGUGGCUAUGAUCAUCCGCAAAGUUGCUGCUGCUCUGGCGGCCGGCUGCUCCAUGAUUGUGAAGCCGUCUCCCGAGACACCUUUGAGUGUUCUGGCCCUUGCAGACUUGGCUCUUCGGGCUGGAUUCACUGUGGGCGUGUUCAAUGUCAUCACUACUGACAAUGACAACACACCUGCAGUCAGCGAGGCUCUUUGCAAGCACCCCCUUGUCCGCAAGGUGACUUUUACCGGUAGCACUGCCGUAGGACGGAUUAUUGCGCGGCACUGUUCCGAUGGACUCAAGAAGGUCACUAUGGAGCUUGGGGGCAACUGCCCGUUCAUCAUCUUCAAUGAUGGGGAUAUCGACCAAGCAGUAGCUGCCCUCAUGAUUCUCAAAUGGCGCACUGCUGGUCAGGCAUGCACCCAUGCGAACAGAGUAUAUGUACAGAGCGGCGUUUACGAGGAAUUUGCGCAGAAGAUGCUUGAGGCUACUCAGAAGAUCCGCGUUGGUCACGGUGCUGACUCUACCACUACCAUGGGAGCGCUGACGACACCUCGCGGCAUCGAGAAACUUAAGAAGCAUGUUUCCGACGCCGUGUCUAAGGGAGGCAAGGUUCUGUGCGGAGGCAAGCCCCCAAGCGGCCUAGGCGGCAACUUCUUCGAACCUACCAUAAUAUCUGGCAUGACCUCAUCCAUGCUGACUACAAACGAGGAGAUUUUUGGACCCCUUUUGGGUCUGUAUAGGUUUGAGACUGAGGAGGAAGUUGUCGAAGCGGCAAACAAUACCUCCAUGGGCCUUGCGUCCUACUUCUUCAGCAAGGAUGUUGACCGCACUUGGAGACUUCUCGAGAGCCUUGAAGCUGGCAUGAUUGGCAUGAACACAGGCAAUUCGUCUGGGGCAGAAUCUCCCUUUGGAGGAAUCAAGGAGUCGGGAUAUGGCAAGGAAGCGGGUAAAGAUGUAGCUAUUGAAGAGUACCUCAUCCAGAAAACGGGUACUCUGACCGUUGGAUCCAUUUCAAAGCUGUAA